AUGGCUGUGGUGCUCCAAGCCGCAGCAGCCGCGGGCGGCCUAGUGGGCCGUUUCCUCAACAUGUUGACAGACAUAUUCCUCACGACGCCGCUGAAAGCCACCCUCGAACAUCUAGAAGAAGCCCAGCUUACGACUUUGACUGCUGAGAAGAAGAAAUUUAAAGCCAAGUCCCUGUGGGAGGAGACUGGCGCCGUCAUCAUGGCGGUGCGCAGGCCAGGAUGAUUUCUGUGCAGAGAGGAGGCUUCAGAGCUGUCCUCUCUAAAGCCCCAGCUGGACAAGCUCGGGGUUCCGCUGUACGCUGUGGUUAAGGAGAACGUGGGAAAUGAGGUCCAAAACUUCCAGCCAUUCUUUGACGGGGAGAUCUUCUUGGAUGAAAAGAGGCGAUUUUUCGGGCCUCGUGAGCGACGUUUGGGCCUUCUUGCAUUUCUUCGUACGGGGGUGUGGAAGAAUGGCCUGAGAGCCUUUGGAAAGGGCUUCAAGGGGAACAUCUUGGGAGAGGGUUUCGUGCUAGGUGGCGUCUUUGUUGUUGGACCUGACCAACAGGGAAUUUUGCUGGAACACAGAGAGGUUGAGUUUGGAGAUAAGGUCAACACUGAAGAUGUGAUUGAAGCUGUUGGAAAAAUAGGGCAGGAACUUCAGCCCAUGAAAAAUCUUACAGAGUAA